CCCUCCCUCCGACCCUAGCAGGCUAGGCAAGCAGGCUGGCAGUAGGGCGGGCUGUCGAGAUCGGAGGUGGCGGUUUCUGGGGGACUGUGAGUGCGAUUCAGGCGACCGCGGGAGCCCUACGGGUGGGCAGAGGCACUGCCUCUCUCCCCUUAAUCGUGGGAAAAAUUAAUUUCGCUGGUUCAUCUAUAAUACCAAGGUUGGGUACGUCAGCUCCCCCUUCCAUCAUCAGCCUCUUGCUGACGAUCUUGGUGGGGGAGAGCGCGUGGGGCUGGAGAGGCCGAUUUUUCCAAUUUUGAUCAUUAUCACAUCGUCGGGAAAUAAUUCUGAUAUUACCGACCGAGGUUUUAAUAGUGCCACAUCUGCGGGAUCCAUCGAGUAUUUAGUCUCUGCUGAAGCGUGUCCUCUUUCCCAGUCCUUUUAUGUCUCCCAACACUUAUUUUAUUCACACCCUUUUAUAAUAUUCGAGGGGAGGCAUUUGAUUCCCCGCCUAAUCUUCCUAAAAUUCAGAGUCCUGUUCAGGAGGAGGAGGAGGAGACGACGGAAAGAGCAAUCAGAUACUGGUGAUGCCAGGUACAGCCUUUGUAAGGGCCCUGUUCUAAGGAAGAUCCAAACAAGGCAUUUGUGUACUUUGAAUGCUUAGUCUUCUAAGCUUAAUAUUCUUUUUUCCUUUGUUUAUUCUCCUUUCCAUGGAAAUAAUUUGAGGAUUAAACCUCCCAACCAAAUUACUUUAGUCAUCAGAACAACUGUUAGGUGUGGACCAUCAGGGUACCAGGCAAAAACAAUUCCCAUGACACCUUUCUUUUUUUGGAGGUUCAAUGACCAAAUCAUUCUUGAAGAGUCAAAAGGCAUUGAGAGGACUUGAUUAUCUUCCAAGUGGGUAAUAAAAGGGAGAGGAAAAAAAAGAAAGUUCCAGAAAUACCUCUACUCAGAAAGGAGGGCAGAAGCAACAAUUCAUAAGCAUUGCUGUUUUUCCCACCUUUGUGAUAUUGCUUUCAAAGGAUACCUAAAGUCUGCAGAACUACUUCAAGAUGUGUAGCUCUGUUAUUCCCAGGCUCUGGUUUUUAACAGAUCGACGUAUCCGAGAAGAUUAUCCUCAGCAGGAAAUUCUAAGGGCACUUAAAGCCAAAUGUUGUGAAGAGGAUCUAGACUUCCGAGCUUUGCUGAUGGAUGAAGUAGUCUUGACCAUUGAACAAGGAAAUCUAGGUCUUCGGGUCAGUGGGGAACUCAUUACUGCUUACCCGCAAGUAGUGGUGGUUCGUGUACCAACACCAUGGGUGCAGAGUGAUAGUGAUAUUACAGUCCUUCGUCAUCUGGAGAAGAUGGGCUGCAGGCUAAUGAAUCGUCCACAAGCCAUACUUAAUUGUGUCAACAAGUUCUGGACAUUCCAAGAAUUGGCUGGUCAUGGUGUGCCUCUUCCAGACACCUUUUCUUAUGGGGGUCAUGAAAACUUUGCCAAAAUGAUUGAUGAAGCAGAAGUGUUGGAGUUCCCCAUGGUUGUGAAGAACACGCGAGGUCAUAGAGGAAAAGCUGUGUUUCUAGCCAGAGACAAACACCAUCUGGCAGACCUGAGCCAUCUAAUUCGUCAUGAAGCCCCUUAUCUAUUCCAGAAAUAUGUCCAGGAGUCUCAUGGCAAAGAUGUGCGUGUCAUCGUGGUGGGAGGCCGUGUCGUGGGCACUAUGCUGCGUUGCUCAACAGAUGGUAGAAUGCAGAGCAAUUGCUCACUUGGUGGUAUAGGUAUGAUGUGCUCACUCAGUGAACAAGGGAAACAACUGGCAAUCCAAGUUUCUAACAUCUUGGGGAUGGAUAUCUGUGGCAUCGACCUCCUAAUGAAGGAUGAUGGCUCGUUCUGCGUCUGUGAGGCCAAUGCAAAUGUAGGUUUCAUUGCCUUUGACAAGGCUUGCAAUCUAGAUGUAGCUGGUAUCAUAGCGGACUAUGCCGCUUCACUGCUUCCUCCCGGUCGCUUGACACGACGCAUGUCCUUGCUCUCUGUGGUAUCCACGGCUAGCGAGACUAGCGAGCCAGAGCUGGGACCUCCAGCUAGUGCCACUGUCGACAAUAUGAGUGCUAGCUCCAGCUCUGUCGACAGCGACCCUGAAACCACAGAGAGAGAGUUGCUCACCAAGCUCCCGGGGGGGAUAUUCAAUAUGAACCAGCUAAUAGCCAAUGAGAUUAAGCUCCUAGUGGAGUGAUGCCACAUGUAAAUAACUAUGACCAACUUUCUUGUAAAUUUUUUUAAAAUACAACCAACUUGUAGUGCUGUUUAUUGGAAGCAGCUUAUAGAGGUGAGGUGAGGGUUUUAACUUGGGGCUCAGAAUCAAAACAUGCAUGUUCUGUGAAUGCUGCUUUCCUAUUAAUCUUACAGAACAUAUGUUUAGUUGUUAUUUUUAACAACUAUUUUUCAUUUGAUAAUAUUUUGUUUAAUACUCUGCAUUGGGAAAUAGAGGGAAAGAACUGGAUAAGAAUUGUUUUUGAUAGGGAUGCCAUCAUGAUCUUUGAACUCAUGAAAAUGUUUCAUCUUCAUUUAUGCUAUUUGUAAUUUGAAAAAUUAAUGCUCCAAAAGUACCUGUGAACUAAUACUUUGCCAACCAUCCCCUCACCUCAUUGGAGCUCAUUCCUAUUAGUUAUUAUAUGCCUUUUGCUUUAUGUCCUAUAGGAGUGGAGAGAAAUUAGAACAGCCAUUUUUUAUUUCAUUCAAAGGUUCUAAAUAUCAGCAUUUCUAUCUAUUAUCAGUAAGAUCUGUAAAAUUGUAACCCUUACAACGGUCCACAAUAGCCUCUGAAAUUCUAGCCUUUAAGCAGUUUUAGAGGGCGCAACAUUGAUUACUUCAGCAUGAGCUUUUGAAAUAGACCUGCAACUUCUGCCAUUUCUCUAUUGACAGAUGUCCACAUGCUUAGAUUUAAUAUCAAAUUCAUUUUCCUUGGGGGGGAGGUUUACUAUGUAUCUGGAUUUUAAAAAUAAUUUUAAAACCUUGCUUUAGGUCAGGACGGGGAGAAACUUUGUGUAAAAUUCAGUUUGGGCCAUUGAUGGCAGAAGCGGCAUGUUUUCUUUUGCAGAACUGAGAUAAACAGCACUGUUAACUUUUGGUGUACAAAAUAAUGUUUAAUCCGAUGUGAAAAAGAAUAACACUAGUUUAAAACAAAUGUGCAUUGACUUGUAUUUGUUAGUGUUUUAGUCCUUUUUGCAAGAUAUAUGCUGUGUUAAUGUUUCAUUUUUAAUACAUGCUCGUCCAACACUUCCUUCUCCAUGCCUACAUCUUUAACAGGGGCCCAAUUUGAAAAAUACCUGUACUACUCAACAUCACCAUUAAUAGUACCAAACUUAUACAAAAAAAAUCUGAUGCCUAGAAAAUAUGGGAGGGGUGUGGAGGAGGGUUGAAAUGGUUGCAAAUUUCAAAAUUAUAUUUUGUAAAUUUAAUGUGUGACUAUUAUUGAUAGAAGGCAUUAAAAUCUAAAGUGGCCUGAUUUACAAAGGAUAAAUCCUGAAAGAAACAAGCAGGUUUUGGUUUUGGGAAACACUUUGCCAGUAAGGCCCAGCCAGAAUGGGAAUAUGAUUUAAGGCCGCCAGUGUGUGGAUCUCAGGCCCCUUUGUAUGUGUCUGUAUUUUACUUUGUUUUUGUCAUUAAUUUUUGUCUGUCCAGUUCGUCAGUCUUUUUUCCAGAAUGCCUGAUGAUCUUCUCUCCCAGUCCAUCCCUGAUACUUCUGGCUGUGCAUUUUCUUAUUAAAUUUGAUAAAAGAACCAAAACAACAGCUUUGGGUCUGUUUUAAUGGCCUCAUCUUCCUCCUCCUCACCCAUUUCUCACUCAUUUAUUUACUUUGGGUAUAUAACCAUAUUGAAAUUAGAGAAAAAUGUAAAUAAAAUCCUGUUACUUUAAAAACAGCCAUCUGCAACACGACACAGUAGAAUAUUUGUAACAGCAAGUUGGCUUAUGAAAGGGUUUUGGAGGAUGGGCAGCUUCUUUGUGUAGGGUUGUUUUGUCUCAGUGCUUCAGAACAACAAUUUACCUUCCAGGGCUCUGAGCUUCAUUCUACUGGCCAACUUCACCACUUAGCUAUUUUAACUUUCACUUCAGUAUUAAACAUCACUUGUGAACACUUUACAGAGACACUAGGAAUAAAUAGAAAACUAUUAGUUUGCUUUCAUGAAGGUUAAUCAUGCUUAUUUGUACAGGUUUUUAAAAUGCAAUAAUGACAUUUUUGUAGAAUUAAAUGUUAAUGUUAAAAGCAAAAUAGAAGGAUGAUUGUUGGCAUUAGCUGAUGAAGCAGAGACAAUAUUUUAGCAUGUGUAGGUUGAAGAAAAUACAAAGGUUUCUAUUUUAAAAAAACUCAGAAAAAGAAAAACCCGAAGUAGCUUUCUUUCCUUCUGCUUUGUGGCCCAUCACCCCUUUGUUAACUAGACAUGUGCCUUCUAAAAUACAGGUUUCUUUAAAAGAUUGCACAUCUUCCAGAAACAUGAGCACCUUUGUUAACUAGCAGAAAAAUAUUGCAACAUUCACAGGAAACGAAGUUGAUGCCGGAAGAAGCUUGACAACUCUUUAAUACUUCUGAUUUUAGCUAUUUGAGUUUCUCCACUGUUUGAGAAAAACAAGUUUGUGACAAAUAUUUUUCACAUGAUUUUUUUCCAAAAUUAUAGACCCAAUUUACACCACUAUAAAUGCAAUGGAAUGACAUACACUUUGUUCUGAAUCAUACACAAUGAACACAUUAAGGGAUUUUAUACUUUGGUUUAUGUGUUGGUCAUGUGAUGACCAUGUGUGUGUUGUGGUUGUAUUGGAAAGAUGGAAAAGACACUGAAUAACGUUUGGGCAAAGAAAAGUCUCACAUGUUGUUGAAAUAGAAGCUGGCAUUGCAUGUUAAAAUCAUAUAGGAAAUUCUCUGCUUGAAAAAAAUGGAGUGGUACAGUCCCUCCUUACAUAAUGUAUUUUUUUUUAAAAAAUGUUGUAAAAGAAGUUUUAAAAACAUUACUAUUGGUAAAGAAAAUGAAUUUAGUUUCUAAUAACUAGAGUUUUAAGUUCUGUAGAGAGUAAUACUACACAUCACACUUUGCUGGAAAAAAAUACUGACAAGUAUAUUAAGAGUACCAACAUUAUUUAUCAUAAUUUGGAAUGAACAACUAGUAAAGCAGAAUUGAACAAUUGGGAAAAUAGAAGCUGUAGUGAAUGUCAGCAUUCAAAUAGUACCAAGUUUGGAUGAUAAUGAUGGAGUUUAAUGAGUACUGUAUGUUUUGUUUGUGCUUUUAUUUUACAGAUGCUGUGUUUAUACUUUUUCUAUUGUAUAGAAUUACAGGUUGUAUUUGUAGCUUUGUAUCUUCUCAGAUUUUAUAUUGUUGAUAAAACUUCUCAUUCUGGAACACUUUGGUAGAGCAUUAAUAACAGAUGUUGGGAAGACAACAUAUUUGUGGACUAUUUUUUUGUUGUUGUGUUCCACCAAACUUUCAACCUGUUGGAUCCAACUACACUGACUUUGUUCAGCAAUUUACCGUAGAAGAUAUGCCAAGAAAAAUGUUUUGAACCUGUGAAAUUUGGGGUGGGUGGGGGAAAAGACAGUUUUAGAAGUGCUGCAUUGGACAUGUACCAGAUUCGAUGAAUACUGUUUUAAACUUCAUAUCCUCACAUUUAAUAAAAGCAGAGCUCAAGUUGGUUAAAUGUAUAAGGGUUUAAACUAUGUAAGAUGUAUCAACAUGUACAAUUCUUUCUCAUGGCUCACUCUUUUUGAGAAGGUUUAUGAGCUAUUUGGCUGGUGUGAGACUCACGACCCACUCCUGUUCUCUCUAUGGAAUUGUAGGUGCUCAGACAGGUAACCUCUGCUGCUACUGUCUCUUUCAUUUUUAAUUUUUCACUGUUCUAGGAAUUUAUAAAGUACUAUAGAAUUUAUGACAAAAGGUUAUCUUUUUGCUUUCUUUUUUUUUUCUUUUUCUUUUUAAUAUAUAUUUGAGUGUCUUGAUAUUGGAGGGUGCAUUUUGGGAUGUUCUGAUGAUGGCUUGGACCAUCAUUGGCAAUUUCUGUAUCCCUCAUGUUACAGUUUUCAGUUGAAUGACUUUUAUUUGUUUAAUGCAUUGUCAAUAACUUGAUGUUUUGGGGUGGGAAUUUGUAACACUUAAGGAACCACUGUGUAGUGCAUACUACUUUUUUUCUGAAUGUUCUAACAAUUCACACUUUCUUACUGUUCUUUGCAAAACUUUUCAGGAGCCAAAAAAGUCAAACAAUCCAGAGAAAAACUUCCCUUCUCCCCUUUCUGGUGACAAGAGAGAGAGAGAGAGAGAGAGAGAGCUUGUGAAAAUCCUUGAGAAUGUUCCUCCCUAAACUUCCCCCCCCUGUGGUAAAACAAUAAACGCAGCAGCCCGGUGACAUCCAAUACCAACCCCUUGGCAGGUAACUUUCAGCUCUUGAUCAUCCCGUAUUAGCUAAUGCUGCUUUCCCUUUUUCUCUUCCUCGGUCAUAAUAUGAUUAUUGCUGUAAAAGAAUGAGUUUUAGGAAGCAAAUGGUAUUUCUUUUCUUGUUCUUCAUUUUAUGUAUAUUUAGUAGAAUUAGACUUUAAAGCUUAUUGUGAUCCAUGUGUUCAAGUAGGAUCACAGCAAGAGAAAAUUUAAACAGUGUGCAGUGACAGAAAGAAACGAUGGGAUGGUAUGUAACUUUACAGAUUCUGCCAUCUCGAUCUUCCCAUGUACCUACCUCUUCUUGCUGCCCCUUCCCCCAAUAUACAUUCUUGGCUUAAGUUUUACAGGGCUUUGAUGCUUUCCAGGGGCACAGUCAGCACAAAACUAAUCGGCAUCAAUUAACAG